UCGUGCAAACGCUUGAGCGCUGCUUCAGCGAGGAUGGCACAGUUCGCAAGGCCGCCGAGGGCGAGCUUGAACAAAUGAGCGCCCAGCCUGGGUACAGCCAGGCGCUCUUGCAGAUCAUCACCUCACACGAGCUUGACGAGCGUGUGAAGCAACUCGCGAGCGUCAUGUUCAAGCAGCUCAUCCUCAAGCACUGGGUGGCACUGUCUGCCUACCGUGACGUGUGGGUCCUUCCGGACAGUGAGAAACAAAUUAUCCGCGACCACAUCAUUAACGGCAUCGUCAACGCGGAUGUUAAGCUGCAACCCCAGCUGGCUUUGGCUUUUCAGCGCAUGAUCGAUGCCCAGUUUCCCGAACACUUCAACGAGUUGCUGGGCCAUCUCAGCAAUGGCCUUGCCAGCUCCGAGUAUGGCGUGCGCCAUGGCACGCUGCUGGCCAUUCACGCUAUCAGCAAGCGCUACACUGCUAAGCGGCCGUCCGCUCAGGAUGACUUUAAUAGUAUCAUGGCUACGCUGCAGCCGGCUCUGCUGGCCAUCCUGCAACUUCAGCCCGAGAACGACCAAGUGCUUACUCUCCAGCACUAUGCCAUCAAGAUUUAUUAUCGUUCCACCCUUCUGUACAUGCCGGCCUGUCUGUCGACCACCGAGUCGAUGAACGCUUGGUACAGCUGUCUUCUGGCGCUCCUGCAAGUGCCAUUCACACCGGCCUCUGAUGACAUGGACCUGUGGCCUCAACAGCCCGUGUGCAAGGUCAAGAAAUGGAUCGCCAACGUGUUGAACGAUAACUUUCGUCGCUUUGGCAUUGCGAACAACGUCGAGGAAGCUCAGAAGGACCUUGGCAUCCACUACCGCGAGCAUUGGGCCCGAGGCGCUCUGCAGGCAGCGCUGAUGCAGCUGGAUGGAUACCGCAAGAAGGAGCUGUACAUGUCCCAGAAGACACUUCAUCACCUGCUGGCCCUUCUGGCGGAGACGAUCGAAUCCAAGGUUACCUGGAAGGACCUCAAGCCACAUGCAAUCGAGAUCUACUCGACCCUGUGCUUUCCCCUGCUCUGCCACACCCCUGAAAUGGAGCAGUUGUGGGAGGAGGACCCGUACGAGUACAUCCGCCAGCGCUACGACAUCAACCGCGAUUACAUCUCUCCCAUUGCCGCAGCUGGCAUGUGCGUUCACACGCUUGCCAGGCAUCGGGCGAAAUUUGCGCUGCCCAAGAUCAUUGGCCAUGCCUACGAGCAACUUCAAGCGAAUGCCCCAGGGCAAGCUGCUCGUGACCCCAAUGUCCAAUACGGCGCCUUGAACGUCCUGACCUUGUUGGCCCCCGGGCUCAUCAAGAAGAAGGAUUAUCGUUCGGCCUUGCCGGAUGUUCUCAACCAGUUUGUUCUACCUGAGUUGGAAGCCCAAGAGGGCUUCCUUCGAAUGCAGGCUGUCUUGUGCCUCAAGGCCUAUGCCGAGACGGCCCAGUCAGAGGAGUUUGCUGGACGCUGUGCCGAAGCCAUUCUCAUGCAUCUACAGGACGCCGAACAGCGCGUCAGCCUUGAGGCUUGUAUGACGUUGCGCCUGUAUAUUGAGGGCUACAGCUCGAUUCGCGACCACCUGCGUACUCACCUCAAAACCAUUGUCGAGAUUAUGCUUCAACUGAUCAAGGAUACGGACAACGAUGACUUGACUGACAUUUUGGGUCGCUUGAUUCAAAUUUACGGCGAGCACAUGGCCCCCUAUGCUCUCGAAAUGUCCCACGAGCUGGUAAACGCCUUCAUGCGUCUCUCUUCCGGCGAUGCCGACAAUGAGCUUGAGAGCCACAAGACCUUUGCAGCAGCCAGCGCCGUGGAGGCGCUGCGUGAGUUGGUCUCACUGUAUGCUGAGAAUGCACCUGAGAACCAAGAGCCCUUUGAUGCCGCCGUGGUGCCCGUCAUUCAAUCUGUCCUCGAAGGCAACAAGGAAGAUUUCAUGGAAGAGGCGUUGUCGCUUGUGGCUACCCUGACCCAAACUCGCGUCACCGACACCAUGUUCCCCGCUCUGGGCGCGAUGCAUAAAUGCCUUGCCUUUGAUCAAGGCUCUGACUUUUUCCAAGAGCUGCUCCCACCACUCUACAACUUCAUCAAGAACGCAUCCGAGCGUCUUUUGCAUGAGCCCGACUACCUUCCCCUCAUCUUUGAGAUGGGCCGCAUUGGCUUUGAGCGUCAUGAUGACGCUGAUACACAAUGGCAUGCCGCCAAGUACAUGGAACUGGUUCUGGGUUACCUCGGCGAGCACGUUCCCGAGGCCGUGGUGCAGCAGUAUGUGGGCCUGGUGGCCACGCGCCUGUUUGGACAAGAAAUGCCUGAGGAGCCGUACCUGGUCAACAUCUGUUUCAAUGUGAUCUUGACUGCUCUUUUCCAUCGGCCGGCUUUGGUCUUGAGCACGCUAGAUUCCAUCGUGCGGGCUGAUGGCCGGAGCUUGACGACCACCUUUUUCGCCACCAUGUCCUCAGAGCUCGAGCAUUACCGAGGUCUUCACAACCGUCGGGUGGGUAUCUUAACCAUUGUGCGUCUGUUGCACUUGGGCUCGAGCAAUUUGCCAGCCAGUCUGCAGCCCAUCUACACUCAAAUCAUGACCAUGUUGCUCAAGUUGUUUUCGGCGCUGCCCGAGGCGUAUCGAGCUCACGCUGAAGAGUAUGCGGAUGAUGAAGAGGAGGGCGAUGAGGAGGCUCUGACCAACUUUGCACACAGCCUUAGCAAUCCGAUUGAUCUCCUGGAUCAUUUGGAGGAAGACGGUGAUUGCGGUGACGAGGACGUUGACUUGUCUGCGGAAGAGCUCAAGCUCAUCCAAUCCUUGGCGCAGUAUGAUACGAGUGAGCAGCUGAGCGAUGAGACAGAUGCCGCAUAUUUUGGUGACUAUGUUACACCCCUGGACGAUCAGGAGGAGUAUGACGAAUACAAACUGUUGCUGGGUUUGCUUGAGCACACGGCAACUCAGGAUCAGCCCUUGCACGGAGCUCUCAUGGCUGCGUGCCAAAACGAGGAGGCACAGACUUUGCUAGCCAACAUUCAGGAGGAGGCGCGGCGUCGGGACCAAGUUCGGGAGUCCAAGCAACUCAAGGAAUCUGGUGGUUAUCAAUUCCCAACUCAAGUGAAUCUGCCCAACACCUUCAGCUUCAAUUAG